UUAAAGAUUAUAGUCCUAAUAUAAAAACUAUAGAGAGUACUGAUAUUAUAGAUUAUAUCGAAAUUGAAAGUGAUGUUGACGAACAAUCUUCUGAGAUCCAAGUUAGUGUUAAUGUAGUCAAUCCAUAUAUUAAUUCAUAUAAAUUCAAAUUGUCAAAAGAAAAAAAACUUGAUCAUGUACGAAAUAUGAUUCUGAAAGAAGAAACGUCUAAUAGCAUACAAUUUGAUUAUUUUGUGAGUAAAAAAAACGAACCAAUUCGACAUGAAGAAGAACACAAUAUAUCUUUAGAGUCGAUUUUACGACCUUCUAUUAGAAAAAAUUAUUAUCAUAUUCAGAUAGUUGAUGUUUGGGAAAAAUUAAUAGAGAUAAUUGAAAAGGCUUUCAUAUUUAAUGAUUAUUUGAUUGAAAAUGCACAAAAACCUGCAUUUAAAAUAAAUAAAAGUAAAAUCAAAUCAGAAAUUUUUAAGGUUAAUGAAAAUAGCACUAUAUCAGAACAUUUUAAUUACGAAGAAGAAAAUGUAGUAUGUAAAAAUAAAUUCGACAUUUUAUGUUGCCGAAAUCUUAUUUCAUAUAAAGAUUCAACAAUUUUACCGUGGCUUUCUAUCUUUCUUGGAUCAGGCAAAGAAACUGCUAAGCAAAAACUUAUUAAUCAGAUGACUACAGAAAUUUUCAUUACAAAAUUUAAAAAGGCAGAGAUUUUUAUUUCAAAAGAAUAUAUAAUAUUGGAGGAAGAAUUUAAAAAGAAAAUUGAAAAGACGUUGAAUUCACAUAAAAGUUAUCACGAGAUAAUAGAUGGCCUUCGAGAAAUAACAAAAGUUUAUGGUUGUUUUUAUGCGCGUCAUAUUGUUUUUGGAGGAGCUAUAAUAAAAGAAAAAAAUGCCAAAAACUCAAGCAAUAGCAAUUUAAGAUUCAUUGGUGGAGGGGAUCUUGGUAAUGAAUCUUCUCUAACAGCAUUUGCGGAGUCAAUCGAAGACUUUAAAAAAUGGAAAAUAAUUGAGUACAGUAAUAUUUAUCCAAUAUUUGAUCUAUUGGAUGAUGAUUUGAGAAAUAAGGUCUUGGAUGUAUUGGGCUAUCGAAUUUUAAAAGCGGAUAUUAAAGAAAUUCCAUUAGGUCAUUUCUCUAGAAAAAUUCCAUACAUAUAUUCAUUAGCUCCACAAUUAGGAGAGUUAAGCAAAAUUACAAAUAUUAAAAAUUGCCAUAUAUUUGCUUCAAUAAUGAACCAAGAUGAAGGUGUUUUGUCUUUAAGAGUAGAAUAUAUUGAUGACGAAAAUAGUCCAGCAAUUAUAGUUCAUAAUAUCACAAAUAAAAGUAUUCCGCAUAAUCACCCAAUAAAGAUAGGAUGGAUUAUUGUUGGGCAACCAAAUAAUUUUGAUUUUGACUUUGUUCAAACCGAAUAUCCUAUAGUGUUUGAAAGUAAAAAAUAUUCUGUUUCCUCGAAAGAAGGUAAACACUAUAAGGUAGAAUUUCCAAAAUAUGAUAAUUCCUAUAUAUUGAGCACGUGCGUGCUUGAAGCCGCAUCUAAAACAACCAAAGAAACUUUAGUCGUUGGCGCACAUAUUAUUCCUUCUAGCCAUUCAGCAUGUAUAUUUGUCCAUGAUCUUAAAGGUGAAUUGGUUAAUGAUGAUGAACUGUUACAAAGAUUGAAAUUCUCUAUCAGCAUUAUUGAUGAUAAUCAAGAAUGUAAGGCUGGUCAAAUGAAUAUUAAUUGGGUAAAGAGCGAAACUCAACCACAUUUAUUUCAUGGCACAGAAAAAGAAAAUUUUAGCGUCUUCCCUGGAAACAUAAAUUUUAAACAAGAUGAAACUUUACAUAAUGAAGAACUAAUAUUGGCGAACCAACUUUUUGUGCAAUGUUGUAAUCACGGAUUUCUUAAUGUCAAUUUUAAAGAAAUCAUUUAUGAGGCUUUAAACACGCCAUCUUUGGAUUCUGUAAGAAUAGGUUACCUUUUAAUCAAAUUUAAAGACAAUCAACUUCCAUAA